AUGGCAGCUGAGACUGGCUCCGUUCAGUAUGAACGGAAAUCAGGUGCCGAGGUUCUGAAAAGCAAGUUCGUUGAGCAGCCUGAUGCGGCAAACUGGGAAUCACCCCAGGUUCAUGGAAUUGAUAACGGCCUUCACAGCGCUGGACCACAUCGUAGAGUCAGUCCCGGCUGGAUGACCGGGGGCCGGCGAAUGGGCUAUGGGUAUAGCUUGGUGGAAAAUCCCGAGGGCCACCCACCAACAGUUGGAGGGAACAGCGGUCCAAUUCCGAACGGGAAUUGGCACAGAGACACUCCGGAGUUUGGGUCUGACAGCCGACAGUCGCCCAACAAAAGUCCUACGAAUGCCAAGGGGGAACCAGUUUUGACACCAACGAUGUGGGCCAAAAUGAAGAGCCAUUCAGUUGGAGGUAAUAGGCACGUACCUCUGGCAGUGGAUUUGGCCGGUGAAGGGAUGGCUGCAAGUGAAGGUCGCCGUGCAAGCUCAAUUCCCGUACAGCACAUGGAGUCGCCAACGUCUGCCAAGUCCCCGACUUCUAUGAAGUCCCCAACUUCUGCAAAGACAUCAACUUCUGCGAGGAGCUUCUAUAUCGAAGACGUCGACGAGACGUUCCUAAGUCGAUGGGCAAAAGCCAGCCGGUCCACUCGUAAUCAACCACAACGCGGCGGAUACCCAGAUUCAACCCAUGGGCAAGAAAUCUGCACCCCAGAUGCUUCACCACUUGGCGAACGCCACUUUUCGAUGGCUCAGACAAACCAUCCGCCGUCCGUGUACUUCGAUCCGUCGAAUGACCGGAGUGCUGACAGAACAAAUGGAGAGCCUUCCCGGUCUCGUAGUGGACGUUGGAUGCUAAGGUUUUCCAAAAACAGGGGAAGCAAAAGGCACUCGAAUCACCAUCGAAAAGAACCAUGCGAGGAAGUGCCAGUACAGUACCGAGAGCGUCCGUCAAGUGACCUGAGGCGUGUAAACUCUACCGGAAGCGACAACAUGGCAGAGGAGCUCGCGAGUGCCUAUCAAGAGUGCAUUGGGAUGCCCGGGGCUUUUUAUGGAAGCCGGUGGGCGAGCCGUACAAGUCUGGUGGUGGAGGCAGAGUGA